AAUACAGGUUAGAGGUUGUAGAGACAACAGGUGUGCACAGACCUGUUUACACAGACCAGGGUACUCUCACACUCUGACACCUGCCAAGAUUCACAGAACUCCCGAGCCUUUGGGAAUUAGCUGCAGAAAAUAAGGCUCAACGAUGGCCAACUUUGGAGGACAUGCCAUCCCUGGCACUUUUUUCCUGUUCUAUGGCUUUUGGCUGGUAGUGAAACACACUCUACAACACUACUGGAGGACAAAUCAGCCUAAAGGAAGACAGAUUCUACCCCCUGUCUUUAAAAAAAUGGAGUACAUUGAGGGAGGAUUAAAAAUCUUCGCUGCAUUUGUUGGUAUUAUGGUUGAACAGUUUGUGGUGGAUGGGCCACAUGCCCGUCUCUAUGACGCACAAAACAAUUCGUGGGUCAAGCUGAUGAACUGGCAGCACGGCACCAUGUAUCUGUUCUUCGGGAUCUCUGGAAUAGCAUUGGUUGCCAGUACGACUUCUAAAGCGGUGCCAAUUGGCGUUGACCGUCUUGCUCUCUCAUUGGCUCUUUUUGUUGAAGGGUUUCUAUUCUAUUUCCAUGUGCAUAGUCGGCCCCCGCUGGAUGCUCAUAUCCACUCCCUGCUACUAGUGGCAGUGUUUGGUGGAUCAGCCAGCACCAUGCUGGAGGUGUUCAUGAGAGACCACAUUGUUUUGGAGCUACUCAGGGCAUGCAUGUUCAUCUUGCAGGGCUCAUGGUUCUACCAGAUUGGAUUUGUACUUUACCCAUUAAGCGGACCAGAGUGGGAUUUGAACUUGCAUAGCAACAUCAUGUUCGUCACUAUGUGCUUCUGCUGGCAUUUAGCUGUGGCCCUGCUUCUAGUCGCCUGCACCUUUGCUUUUGUUAUGUUCGCAGUGAAGCGACUCUCGGAGAAGGGACGGGACAUAGAGAUUGGAAUGCGAAACACAUCCUCCAGUGCAAACUCCCAGAAAGCUUUGCUUGAAGAGUCGGAUGAAGAGUGAAUCCUUGGUUGUGAUUCUUUGCAAAUUUAACAAUGAUUUGAAAACUGUC